AUGUCGCCGAAAGAGAAGAAAAGGUUUACUCGCUCGCUACGAGAAGAGAACAGAGAACGGAGAGAAAGGCAACAGAACGAUAGUAACGAGAACGAAGGUAAUGAGGUACCCGUCGCUGCCACUGUACCCACUGCGCCAGCUGCACCGGCGGCACCAACCACACCUGAUGCGGAUCCUGAUACAAGGGAAGACAGUAUGAUGGUUGAUGAUGAGGCGGAUGUGGCGAGAGAACAGGAGGUUGAGCAGGAGGCGGAGGAGGCAGUGGAAGAUGGCGUACAGAAGCCGCACCGCGAAUCUAACCCUGAAGACGAAGAAGAGCUGCGAAACUACUUGACUGAACUAGACGACGAAGUAGCUGGACCGGCGACUGCGAGUGAUCCUCCUCCUCCUCCUGUGGGUAAUGCAGCUGCGCCGGCGAUUGCACCUGUCCCGGCCCCUGCUCUGACGGACGCUCAACGAGUAAGACAAGAGACGAAUGCCAUGGCUACGAAUUGGGGUCCACGGUUCAGUACCCUGAGCGGCUGCAUACCGGCAAAUACAUGGCUCAAAGGUCAAACGAAGAACUUGACUGAACACACAUGCGAACCAGCUACCCUUAAGCAACUGCGGGAGUUAUCCGACGCAACUCCUAAUCUCGGCAAAGAAGUCAGAAAGAAAAUUGAGUCGCGCUGGAACACGAGAAAGUCAAAGACUGGCGAUAUAGGUAGUACGCCGGCUGAGAAACAGCAGAGCCUGCGCGAUGAUUUGGAGAGGAUACUAAAAGAGUACGAAAAGCAGGCCGAAGCUCAGGGCAAAGGCAAGAAGAGAUCUGCAGGAGAUGACGGUAAAGAGUUGUCUGAGCGCAGGAAGACCUUGAGGCAUAGCGCAAAGCCGAACUACAACGACCUAGACCCUCACCGCCUACAUCAAGACGACGACGACGACGACUCUGGCUCAGGUUCCAGUAUUAUACUCCACGACGGCCCAGCCCCGAAGAAGGCAGACGAUGGCGGAAAGGCAGCGGCAAGCGCAAAGCAGAACGGCAAAGCACCAGCGACUGGAACAGCAAACAACGCCACGCAAGCCACAGUACUCACCGAAUUACAGAGAGGCCGGGCACUCAGUGACAUCUAUAUCAACUGGAACAUCUACCAGUUGCAUCUCGACUUCCCCCGAGGCCUCUUUCCAGCCAACAUAACGAGCGAUACGGCUAUCGACCUCAGACUCGUCGCACGAUUGCUUGACCUUUCCAACCUUCACGAUGAUUCUCGGCAGGCUUUUGCUCUUAUGGAACGGAUCAGGACUCACUUGAUGCAGAGUUUUGUAAGGGCGAGAAGUACGGAUGAAGCCCUUGCUUUCCUCGCACAGUUUGAUAGACCGGCACAUGCCGCAGUACCGACACCAGGAGGACCGACGACAGGGGCAACUACGGCAAAUGCAAGCGGAGGGCCAUCGACCAGAGAACUGGGGCGAGGUCCUCCUCCGCCCCCACUGGGCACCGGGAGACGUAGCGCCUUGGACAUGAUCGGAGGGUCCUUUGGGGAUGAUAGCCCGCGUGGACAGCCGAUGGUACUCAACGCAGAAGAAAGAGAGCGCAGGCGCCGAGACCGCGAACUUCAUCCUCCAACUGCGUUAACAAACCAAUCAUUCCGAGCUUCGCAAGAUGCGACACAGCCUGCUGCACAACCAGGACUAUCGCGUGUCGAAGGCGGUGUCCUGACUAUAGGAACGAACUGGACGCUACGCCGUGCUCUCAACGACAGUAGACAAGCAGAUCAACGCAUUCACUCGGCCCGCCGUAGAUACGAGCAGGCUGUGCUUAAUGGACAGUCGGUCCAGGAUCAAGCUGCGCUGCUGUUGGGGAUAGAAGCAGCUAGAAGAGGACGCUGGGCAGGAGCACCAUCGAGACGAAGUACGAUGGGUGAUGGUCCAGGGGGUCUUACCGGUGGCUCUAGAUUGGGACGCAGCGCGCAGGCUGAGGGCGUUGGCGAGGAGGAAAGCGGAGAGGGACAGCAGGGAGGAGAUGGAGGAGAGAAUGGCGGAGGGAACGCUGGAGGGAAUGGUGGAGAAGGUAGAGUGAAACGCAAGAGUAAGACGAACGAAAAGGAGAAGGAGAAGAAGUAG